AUUUAUUAGGAAAUUGUUUCAUUUUCUGAGGAAAUAAGAGAAAGCCCAGAGGCAUUAAUUUAUUAAAAUUGAAUUGGUGAAAGUAUUAAACAUCUAAUAUAAAAAACUAUUGUAUUUUCGAUCAUUAAUUACAACCAUUUCAAAAUAAUCAAUAAGAUGAAACAUACUUAUCUUGACGCUUAGCUACAUUCUUUAAUUAACUUUAUACAUAUAAUUAAAUUAUUCACUUAGCCACAAUCAAUAUUUUUUUUACUUGACCUUUGUUAUUGUAGACUUUGUGUUUUAUAUAUAACCGCUUUAUGCUAGCCUUAAAGUUUUGCUCUGUAAAGUGAAUAAAUAGACCAAUAAAAAUGAAUCGAACAUAUGUGGAGGUUAAUGGAGUCCCAACAAAGAUUGAUACAUGGGGCAGAGACUUAAAUGAGACACCAAAAACGGAGAGCAAUGAACUUAUUGUGAUAAUACCAGGAAACCCCGGAGUAACUGGCUUUUAUAGCCACUUUGCAAAAUCGUUAUAUGAUCGGACAAAAAUCCCAGUUUGGUGUGUUGGCCAUGCAGGACACAACUUUGAUGAAGAAACCCUUAAAAAAAUGCCAGAGUUUACUAACAACAAGGACUUGUAUAUGUUGAAAGGACAAGUAAAGCAUAAGCUUGAAUUUUUAAAACAAUACAUACCACCUGACACAAAACUGUAUCUAAUAGGACAUUCGGUAGGCAGUUACAUGAUAGUUGAAAACCUAGACGAUCCGGACAUUAAUGCCAAAGUCAAAAAAGCAUUUUUACUAUUUCCUGCAUUGGAACAUAUGGCUGAAACGAAAAAUGGACAAUUCCUAACCACUUAUGUCCGUCCAAUAGUUAAGCUUCUGCUCUUUUUGACCUGGAUAUACACCAUUUUGCCUUCAUUUCUUUCGGCAUUUCUCCUAUAUAUUUAUAUGUAUAUCGCAAACGUCCCAGGUGAACUACACAAGGACAAUAUUAACCAGCUACUAAAACCGGGAGUCCUAAAACGAGUCUUUUAUUUAGCAUUUGAAGAGAUGGAGCAAAUGAAGGAGAGAAAUAAUACGAUUUUAAAGAAAAAUAGUGAUAAAAUCAAGUAUUAUUACGCAAAAGAUGACGGCUGGGUUCCUCUGAAGUUUUAUGAGAGUUUAAAAAAAGAUGUGCCCAAUGCGGAUGCACAAUUGACCGAUAUCAAUCACACUUUUGUGUUUCGGCAUAGUUUGGAGGUGGCUAAUGUGGUUGGGGACUGGAUAAAAGCAGAAAAAGAAUAGAUAAAUAAAGAUUGUAUAUAGCCUAAAUUUAUUUAUUUCUUGUUAUAUGUACAGGGUGUCUUGUCAAUUUGUUAGAGUCCUGCAACAAAUAACGUGAACACCCUGCCUUUAGAACAAUAUAGUUUUUAAAUACCUUAUUACAAUAUUAGAGCAGUAUUUUUUAAAACAAAUAAUGUAUUCCCAUUUAGGAUUAAUAAAACUUUUUAUGCACCUUUUUGAGA